AGCUUUCCGGCGGAGGCCUCCUGCCUCUGCGCGCCCCCGUGCGGCGCCCCCGCGGCCAUGGCGGGCACCGCCUGCGCCCACCCAGCGGGGGAGCGGGGCCGGGCCAGGAGUGGUGCAGAGCUCGGAGGAGGGCCCGGCGGUGAGGCGAUGGUCUGGGAAGAGCGGUCGGCCGGCGUGGCCCCGGACCCAGCCGCCGUGGAGGAGGGCAUCGCCGAGCCGCUGUGCCCCGGGCGGUGCUCCGUGCCAGGGGUGGCCGCGGAGGAGGCAGAGCGCGGGGGCCUGCUGGCGGCCGCCGCCGGGCGCGCGCGGCCCGGGCUGCCGCGCGGGGGCCGCGCGCUCGUCCUCGCGGCCGCCCUGUGCGCCGGGUGCGCGGGCGCGCUGCUUGCGGGGCGGCAGGCGCGGCCUCGCGGCGCGGCCAGCGCGGACGCGGGGGAUGCGACGGGGCUGUUCUUGUUCUCCGCGCUCGCCUCCGCGGCGGAGGCCAUGCUCACCGGCGCAAAGGCAGCGAAGGCCAUCGGUGGCGGCGUGAGCGACUUCCAGGGGCUUCUCAACAACAAGAACUUGAGUGAGGAGAUCUCCAAGCUGGAGGCGAGGUUCAAGCUCGGCUACAACAAGACGAUGACGCUGGACCCCUCUUGGAGGAAGUUCCUACCGAACGCCACGGAGAAUCUGAGCAAGGAGGAGCUGAGGCAGAUGCUGUUCCCUGCUGUUCACCGCCAUGACGGCAAUCUUUGCUACGACGAUGAGGAGGAGCACGCGGGUUUAUGUUACAAGCGCUGCUCCCUCCUCACCUUCGGCACGCACCCUUAUCGAACUAGCGCGUUCUCAUGCUGCAGCAGGGCCCCAUGCCAGUGGGACGAGACCGCAUUCCGUACCAGCAUCUGCGGUGGUUUCGACGUGAGCGGAGACACGGCCAAUGGCAUUUGCCCGCACGUCCCAGGUGCGUGCUUGGCGAACGAGGAGCUUCUCAACGGAUUGGGGAAGCGGUGA